AUGAAUGAGAAUAUAUGCAAGGAUUGCAAGAUGACUUUUGAAUCAAGUGAAUAAUUGGCUAAUCAUGUUAAAAGAUUUUGUGUUAAUUCUGAUUAUGGCAAUUUAAAUAAACUGGAACAGAAACAUGAAUAUGUCACAAAACCUGCCUAUCCUGAAUUGAAACCUAGUCUAAAACAAUAGGAUCCGACAUCACUUAAGAAUUACGGUGGAUAUACAUUAGACUAAAUCAAAUCUAAUCUAAAAACUAAUGAUGAUGAUUUUAAAAGAUUGGAAAAUGCUGUUCUGAGAAAGAGAGAGGAUGAAUUAAUUGAUUAAAUAGAUAAGCUAAAGCAGGACAGAUAAUAAAUGAGAGUAGUUAGCGAUUAAGAUGAACACAUAUAUUCAAUACUGUUACAAGAAGUGGAAUUGAAAAAGGAGAGAGAGUUUUAAUGUAGAAUAGAAAAAGAACAGAUUCGUAAAUUGAUCAAUGAAAUUGACUCAUGGAAAAUGUCAGUCUUGGAAGAGUAAAAGAAAUAGAUGCUUGAAAAACUUCUAGUAGAAAGAGAGGAUUUGAAAAAUAAAUAAUUAUAAUUGAUAGAGGAUAUUAGAUUAUUUACAAGAGGACACAAGACAUUCUUUUCAAUGGAAUAAGCAUAAAGAAUUACUGAUAAUAGAAUAAUAGCAUCUGCUUAAUAUUCAGAGGCAAAAUAAUAAUUGGUUAAAUUACAUACGAGGUUAGAAUAUAUGGAUGCUGAGAGAAAUAGGAUUUUAGAUAAUGUGGAGAGAAUCAAACUAGGAGAUUUUGGAGAAGUCAGGAGAGGAGAGUCUUCUAAGAAUAGUAUACGUAACAGUUAAUAAAUAUUGAAUGAUUAAAGUUAGAUUAGAACUACAUAAAAUUAUGAUGAGAUUGCUAGAAUGAAAGACAGGAUAGCUUAGGAUUCUUAGAGAAUAGACCAAUUGAAAAGAUAAUAAAUGGAAAGAGUAGAUAGAUUAAAAACAUCAAGACCUUAAUCUCAUUUGUCAAAUUAAGUUAUAGAUGAACUACAAUAAUUGAAGACUGAUUAUUAGUAGGCAGGUGGGUAGGAUCCAAAAUUUUUAAAUAAUGUAAAUAAUUUGGAAUCAUUUUAUAAAGGAGCAGUUUAAUAACCGUAGCAAUUAAAUUAAUAAUAGUUUUAAUAGUAAUAAUCAUAAUUAUAAUAACCGGUUUAAUUUUAAUAAUAAUAACAACCAGUGUAAAUAUUUUAAUAAUAACCUAUGUUUAUCAAUCCCUAAUAAUAGGAUAUUCAAUCAAAUAAACCAAAAAAGAAAGAUUUCAAUGAUCCAUUUUAAUAAUUUUCAAGAAAGAAGGAGUUUUUCUUAUAAAACAAUGUAAGAGGAGUUGAUUUAACAAGAGAAGAAUAAAUAUUGAUGAAUUUAUAGGCAUAAGAAGUAGACUCGUUAAGAAUGAUUUCUAGAAUUCCCAUAGGAACUGAAAUUUAUAGAUUUAAGAUGGAAUAAUAUAAAGAAUUGUCAACUAUGAGAGCAGAAAUGGAAAAGAUUAUUUAAGAGCAACGAUUAUAAAGAGUAAGAAGGAAUUUUGAGAAGAAAAGAAGAGAAAAGGAUAAAGAAUUUGAGAACAAUAAAUGGGUUGAUGAUUAAAGAAAAUUUAUUAUAGAAAAUAGAUUAAGGAAUGAUUUUGGAGAAGUGAGAAAGGAAGGUCACUUAUAUGAUCCAGCUGAAGGGUUAGUAAUCCAUUGGGAUUAUGUAUUGGGAUUACCAAGGAAAACAAAGCUUGCAUAAUUUGUCUUUGCAAUUUUUAAUAAUAUGCAAUAAUUAAACUAACCAAAGUUAAUAGAACCAUAUGAUUGUGAGAUAGAAGGAGAGAGUUCAAAUCGAGUGUUGAUUGGAGAGACUAAUCAAUUAUACGAAAUACCGGCUCAUCCAGAAGUAUUAUUAAUAGUGGAAGUGCAAUUACCUGUCAGUAAGAAAUUGGAAGAGAAUAUUGGUAAGACUCAAUCAUAUGGAUGGACAUAAAUUGAUUUAUUUGAUUAAUAAAGACAACUGAAAAGAGGCAAAUUCAAGUGUCCAUUAUACAAAGGACCUACAGAUGCUACUAUUACAAUAGAAAAUAUUGCAAAAUUAGAACCUAUUCCAAAUGCUUGGUUCCAUAUGAGAAUUACUUAUCCAAAUGAUGAAGAUUUAGGAUAAGUCAGAUCAAUUUAUCCUGAAUAAACUGCCAUGGAAUACAAUAUUCCAUAUAUUCAUUUGAGAAGCUUAUUUGAUAGAAAUUAUGAAGCUGCCAUUGAAGGCAAGGAAUAAAACAAUAAAGAUAAUGGGGAAUUCAGUUUAAAUGGCUAGAAUUACAAAGUGACUGAAGAAGUAGCAGUGUUUGGAAACAAAAGAAAUCCCACUCCAUAAACUAAAUAAUAUGUCUUAAGAGGAGACACAAAGAAAGGGUAUCGAAUAUAGAUACAUCACAUUCAGAAUAAAAUAGCCAAUAAUUUUAUGAGAGUCAUGUGUGCAGCAUUAACUGAUUAACAUUUGAUGUUGGAUCCAAGUGGAUAACCACUAGCAUUUAAUACUACCAUUCAUGAUCCUAGUAGUCCUAAUCCAGGUUAAAAUGUAGAAUCUAAUCCAUUUCCACUUAUAGAGGCUGAUCCUUAAAUGAAAGGAAUCAGUAACAAAGCCGCAAGAUCAAUUUUGAUAGAAUUCAACGAAGAAUAUAGAUUUUUUUACAAUUUUCAAGAGCAAGCCAUGAGUGCUGGAAAAACUAUUUAUCUUGGAUUUUAAGUGGUCGAAAAGAAUGCAUCCUAAGGAGGAGCCAAUACUACAAUGACUAUGGGAGAUUAUGAAGUUAUUGGUUGGUCAUAUAUCGUGUUUGUCAAACCAGAUGGAAGUGUGAGAACUGGGAGAAAUACGUUAAAUUUAUAUAAUCCACCUUUGAAGAGACCUCCAUUAGAUGAGUCAAAUUUAUCACAAUCUGGAAUUAAAUUGGACUAUUCUUUAUAUGACUUUGAAUAUAAUGAUGAAGAUAUGAUCAAAUGGAAAAAUCAAAGAGUGUUUUGA